UGACGAGCUCGGGCGCCGUGCAUUGUGGGACUCCCUGCCCAGCCUGCCGACUUGUUCCAGUUCACACGGAGGCGAAGCGGAGAAAGAGAGGAGCCGGGGAGGCGCAGGGAGACAUAUUGCCUGGCGGAGCUCCGGGGUUUUUUAAAAUCUGCUGACCGGAACCCACUUCAAAGAAGAUGUCCAGCAGGGGUGGGAAGAAAAAGUCGACAAAGACCUCUCGCUCAGCAAAGGCAGGGGUCAUAUUCCCUGUUGGACGAAUGCUGCGUUAUAUUAAGAAAGGUCACCCAAAAUACCGAAUUGGAGUUGGUGCUCCAGUUUAUAUGGCAGCUGUACUUGAAUAUCUAACUGCGGAAAUUCUUGAAUUGGCGGGAAAUGCAGCACGGGACAACAAAAAGGGUCGUGUCACACCUAGACAUAUCCUCUUGGCAGUAGCAAAUGAUGAAGAAUUAAAUCAGCUAUUGAAAGGUGUCACCAUAGCCAGUGGUGGUGUGUUACCAAAUAUUCACCCAGAAUUGUUGGCAAAGAAACGAGGGUCAAAAGGAAAACUGGAGGCUAUCAUUACUCCACCCCCAGCAAAAAAGGCAAAAUCUCCUUCUCAGAAGAAAACCACAACAAAGAAAGCAGGUGUCAAGAAAGGAGCCAGAAAAUCUAAGAAACAGGGAGAAGUCAGCAAAUCAGCAAGCGCUGACAGCACAACGGAAGGCACUCCAACAGAUGGCUUCACUGUCCUAUCGACUAAAAGUCUAUUCCUUGGGCAAAAGCUGAACCUUAUUCACAGUGAAAUCAGUAAUUUAGCCGGCUUCGAAGUGGAGGCCAUUAUCAAUCCCACCAAUGCUGACAUUGACCUUAAAGAUGAUCUAGGGAGUGCCUUGGAGAAGAAAGGUGGAAAAGAAUUCGUGGAGGCUGUUGUUGAACUUCGUAAAAAGAAUGGGCCAUUGGACACAGCAGGAGCUGCUGUCAGCGCAGGCCAUGGAUUGCCUGCUAAGUUUGUAAUCCAUUGCAAUAGCCCUAGCUGGGGUGCAGACAAAUGUGAGGAGCUGUUGGAGAAGACAGUGAAAAACUGCUUAGCGCUGGCAGAUGAGAAGAAGCUGAAAUCAAUUGCAUUUCCUUCCAUUGGAAGUGGCAGGAAUAGUUUCCCAAAACAGACGGCUGCCCAGCUGAUUCUGAAAGCCAUUUCCAGCUAUUUUGUGUCAACAAUGUCCUCUUCAAUCAAAACAGUGUAUUUUGUGCUCUUUGACAGUGAAAGUAUAGGGAUUUAUGUGCAAGAAAUGGCCAAGUUAGAUGCCAACUAAGCCUAGAAAGUAAACAAUACCUGCCUCCUUGUCCAUCCCUCUCCCACUCAAAUUCUUGAUUCCACAUUGUGAAACAGAGCGCCCCUUAUUUUGAAUUUUUGCUCAUCUAGGGGAAAUAAGGGUGGGGCUUUUUUGUUAAUUUCGAAAAUGUUUUCAUGUUGGCACUGAUAGUUGGCAUCACUGCUGUUAAAGCACUGUUUUCCAGGCAUUGUCUGAAUUUAGUGUAAUCUAGGAGAUUUUAUAGUCUUAUUUUAAUGAAGUUUGGAUUGAUGGCGGAAAGUUGUUAGCAUAGUCUUUUAUUCGUGAAAGAAACUGGCAAACCCUAUUUUGUAAUUGUGUUGUGGUGCUUUUAUUAAGUGGCAUUCUUUUCUCAUUUUUCUUUUUAAAGAAGGAGAGAGAGAAAAAGAUGUUACACAUCUAAUUUGUGUUUACUUCUUGUCUUAAUGAUAAAUCUGGGGAGAAAAGAUCCCUGUUGCCCUGAAUUAUAUUUGCAAUUUGGAAUUUGUGUGAAUUGAUUUAGUAAAAUGUUUGAAAUGGU